AUGGACAUUGUCAACGACAACCCCAAACUCGACCACGCCGACGCCGACAACAACGACGAAGACGACCCCAUCACCGCAAGCUACCAAGUUUUCCUCAACCCAGCCCUCCCCCUCGGCCGCCGCCUCCUCGUCCUGCAGCACCCCAACCGCACCGACAGCACGCCUCGCCCGCCCCCCACCGAGCUGCGCCUCAAGGAACACUCCGGCAUGGUCGAAAUCGACAUGCCCAUGGACAACACCACCGCGUACGACCGCGAAAAGGGCCUCCGCUGGGGCCGCACGCUGCAAAACUCCAUGGCCGUCAAGAAUGGCGGCAGUCACGGUCUGGCGGGAGGUUUCGGUGUCGGCGCCGUCCAGCAGCGCGCGCCCAGGAAGAAGGGUGACGUCGAAGAAGACGAAAACCUCGACUGGAACGAUGCCGUGCGUCAGGGUAAAGUCCUUAGCACGCAGACACUAGGUGGCCAGUAUCCCGAUACCGACGAAGUACAGUACAUGGUCGGCGUCUUCCAAGGCAAGGACCUCCAUCUCACCCCCGUCUCCAACCUCAUCCACCUCCGCCCUCAACUGCACCACCUCGACGCCGCCACCGCGCAAGAACGCCAAUCCUCCGCCGCCGCAUCAAAGGACGGCGCAGCACCCGCAGCCCCCACCGCCCGCGCAAUCCACAUGACCAUCAAGACCACCGCCGAAGGAGCAGACGGUGUUUCUACAGAGACAAUGGCCGACCGCCUGCGCUCCGUGCAGACCGAGCCCUGGCGCAAGAUGCGCUACACCGACGAGAACGAGGAGACUGCGUGGGAGGUCUACAACGAUAGCUUGUUCCUCCGGCCGAGACCUGAGCCCGCGGGCGAGCAGGGUGUGCCUGCUGCGGAUGCGGAUAGGGAUCUGGAGGAGCUCGUCCCGACGCUGGGCAACAAGUGGGAUGACAAGCAGUUCCUUGAAUCCAUCAGCGGCAUCAAGAAGCCCGAUCCUGUGCCGGAACUGCCCGUUGAGAAGAAGCCGGAGCCUAUUGCUGCUGUUGCUGCGCCGCCGGCAGAGGAGCCUCGGCAGACACCGAGGGCGACUCGUCCUAGAGCUGGUGCGGCUGCGGCGUUGGCUGCUCGAAGAGGUGGACGAGCGAGAGGCGCUUGA